UUCCAUCGGGUCCUCGACUGGUGCUCCUGCUCACCUCUGCGCGGCUCGCGCGCAACCUCAGCCAGGCCGACGAAGCACCACGCACCCGGGCCUGAUCAGCGCAUGAGUUAGCCGAUGCAGGUCGGGCGGAUGGGGCGAGCGUGGGAGGAGAAGGUGGCAAGGGCGUGCGGGGUGCAACAACAGGGUCCGCAGGAGGAGGAGGAGGAGGAGGAGGAGGAGGAGGAGGAGGAGGAGGAGGAGGGAGGAGGCUGGGACUCAGCCGUGCGUCCGAUCAUGACGCGCAAACCUAGCUACCUGUACACAAAAAAUUGGGCACGAAGCUCCAUCGGAAGGGCUGCGGAGACCGAGGGAGGGCACCAGCAACUGGCGCGAAGGCAGGGGCCGGAGCAGGCAGUCUUAAUUAUCAUCCUACAGCUGCCGCGGCGCCCUCCUCCGUUCUACUCAGGUCCUCUCCCCUUCGCCUCCGCCUCUGCCAUGGGGGUUCGAGGCGGCACCGCGCAAUCCUAA